UUUCGGUUUGCGAAAUUCCAAUCGUAUAUUUCAGACAAUCUAACUCCCAAGAUGGCAUAUAGAGUUUUUCGUCAUACUAGAAAAGUUUCUUGUUUGAAUUUCAUCUAGUAUUUAAGAUGCAUACAAGAAACUGCACACCUAAGAGACACCUCUGAGUUCAGUUUCCUCAAAUUUUUUCCUUUUUCGUAAGUCAAAUACAGAGAACAGAAUGGCAGAUGAUGCGGGACACAAGGCUAUGUUGUAUUUCCUGGAGAUUUUAAUGAAUAGUCCUGCUCCAUUAACCAUCAGUCAGCUAGCGGGACGGUUCGGAAGCAGGAACUUCACCUCAGAAAUGAGACAGGCUGCCGGAGGAAAUGAAACUGGACUGAAGAAAUUUCUACAGAAAUAUCCGUCUCUCUUCACAGUUAAUGGAAACUUGGUGUGCCUAAAUGAUGGAACAGCCUCACUUGGGAGUACUUUUCGUGAAAGCAGUCCUGCUUCCUCUACAGGUCUUCCAGAAGUUUCGGUGGAGACAGAAGCCGUCCAGUAUUUUAGAGGGAAAAUGUUAAAGAAAGGCGAGAAGUGGAUGCCCAUCAACAGUCUAGCUGGCCACUUGUCUCAAGCCAGUUCCGAAAUCCGUGAGUGUGUGGGGCCACAAAGUGAGUUCAAAGACUGGCUUUUAAGACAUCCUCUUAUUUUCGAAGUAGAUGGAGAGAAUGUCAGUUUGAAGGACAACAUCACUUACAGUGCUAUCAAUCCAAAUGCCGAAGCCAUUGAAGAUGUGGAGCUAAAGUCCAGGUUCAACAAGAUUGAGAAAGAACAGUUUGUCCCUCCACUGACUCCAAAGAACAAACGGAGGCCCAAGUCCUUGGACAUGCUGGAACCCAGGUCACCUCUAAUGUCCCCCAGGUCUCCCAUGGUGAACAGAAAUCUUCCAACCCCCAGCCCCAGCCCCCGGGCCGGACCUGCCACUAUGACGGCCAACGAGUACAAGGCUGUCAUGUUCAUAAAGAGUAUUAUUGAGAAAAAAGGAGACAUGAAGCUAGCUGCCCUCACUGGCCAUUUCAGCCAGGCACCAGAAAGUUUGAGGAACACUAUUGGCUGGACAAAGAAUGACCUAAGCAAGUUCCUUGCGGCUCACGGUAAUAUAUUUACCAUUACAGAAGAUGAAGUUGUGUCUGUGAUCAAGAAUGCAAGGCUAAAUGUCAUUAUAACAGGCAGUAGACCUCAAGUCAGUCCGAAACCAGUGGUUACAGCCAGGAAAGGGAGAAUAUAUCACAUCGCCAAAUUAUGGGGCAUUAUAGAUUUAGGUCGUCAUGAACAUGUGUUCAUUGACAGAAACAUAUUUGGAAAACAUAUAGAUGAUUUAAAUAAGCUUCUAACUGUGGGAGAGAUGGUUUGUUUUGAUGCCAUACCAGCCCCCAAAGGCAGUCGAGCUAGAUGGAGGGCAACAAAAAUCUGGAAAGAGAAUGAAUCCAUUGAAGAUCUGAUAGAAAAGGUGGCUACACGCCUACAGCUGCCUCUAGAUGGAAUACCCUACAAAGAGCCUCCCAGCCCAAUAGCUAACAUUGAUGAAGAAAUGCGCAGAAUAAUUCCCGAAUUGAACGACAGCAGUAUUACAGCAGUGCCUAUCAGCGUGGGAGGAAUCAAGUACGCUUUCGCUGAUGCAGUGCCAAGUGGAACAGGGGUGGUACCAGUGUGGAACUUCAAACAUGCAGAAUUAGAGGGCAUGAAGGACGUUGAUGAUUUAGAUUUAAGUGACGAAAAUGAAUCUCCAAAUCUGUCCAUGGUGGCUGAAAGGUACUACAUGAAUAGAUCCGUGUUGGGCGAUAGUCCAAGAGACGAGAAAUCCCUCUCUAAUGGACACAUUGAUGAGUCCGUGUUAGUUCUGGCUGAAGACGAAAAACCCCAGGACACAUCCCCCAAAAAGAAGACUGCUGACGCGGGCUGUCAGACAAUUGUUACAGGGGAAGUUCUUGCCACUCAGCUUUUCCAUGAGGAGUUUUGAUUUUAUUUUUGUUUUUACUGUCCUAAUUGUUCAGUAUCCCACAAUGAGAUUUGUCUUUUCACUGAAUUGGUUUCCAGUUAGACACAUGUAUAUUGUGUUUUUGUGCAAUGGAUAUUUAUUUUUCAGCAUGCAUUGUUAGUGACCACUUGAAGACACAUUGUUAUUUAUUAAUUUUUAGAAUUUUCAGAGAUCAGUUGCAUGUAUGAUUUGUGCUUUUGAAUUCAAAACCAUGUCUACCUAGACCCUUGAGGUCACUUUUUUCUUAAAUUAGUGUUUCACAAAAUACACCUAGGUUUAACUCUUGAAUAGUGCACUUUUGUAGCUUUUCUAAAGAGGCAAUAGCAAACUUUUUUCUAUAUCUUUGUAGAACUUGGAUAAAAAUCUUGCAUCCACUGAUGUGACAAAGGAAGGAUAUAGUUUUUUUUAUAUUUGCUAACUAGAUAGAGAUUGAACCUUAAGCUAUUGAUGUUGUGCUACUUUUGAAUUUUACAAUGGUGCCUUUAUCUUUGCAUUCAAUGUGUUUUCAUAACAAGUUGUUUUAUUUCAUUUUAUGGUUUAUUGAUCUUGAAAGUACCAGAAACAAAACCAUAUUUAUCCAUAUUUAGCAUGUAUAUAUGUACAAGCUUAAAAACUUCCCUUGUUUUCCUUUUCUGUAUUUUAUUUUUUUUCUCCAUUUUUUGAAUUUUACUGCCAGAUAAGGAGAUUUAGUGAGUUACUAUGGGUUGUGAUGAUUUUUUUCUUUUCAUUGUUUUUUGGGGGGAAAUGAUUAGAGAAACUUAACUUUUUCAUUUUUUAUGGAUUUUGUUGAUGACAUUUUCAAGAAAAAUGGGUAAAUGGAUUUUCAAGUCUAUCAUGAGCUUAUCUGGCAGAUAUAUGCCUUAAUAGUAUAGGAUUGGAGUAAGAGACUGAUGGGAUAGACUAUACAAUGUGUGAAUGCAUAGAUUAACAGUAUGGUGCAGUUCUUUUACAUGUAUAUUUUUAUGAUCAUGUUUUUCUACAUAAUCUUUUACCUGUUGACUGGGAAAAAAAAACGACCCUUGGUGAUCAUGCAACCAUUGGAUCCGAAGCAGUAUGUAAAAUCUGAUUCAUGUGAAACAAAAUCAGUAUGCAAUUUUAUAUAAGCCUAUCGCUGUGUGAUCAUUUUUUUUAUUGAUUUUUAAUUAACACCAAGUGUUGCUCUUCAAAAGAGAGAGAGGGUUAAAGAUGUUGCACUCUCUGUAGCCUUUUCUGCUAUCAAGACAAAUGGAGAGAGAGAAUUGAAUUUAAAAAAAUUAAUAAAUAGUAAACCAUGUUUAUACUGAACAUGCUCAUAGUGGAUUCAUGCUUACAGUGAAAUUAUUUUUGCAUGUAUUAUAGAGGUUAUUAUGGUUAUUGUGAAAUUGUGAGCUGUAAUAAAUAUGAUUUGUUUUUGAAAGUUUUUCUCUCAGCAAAUGAGCUUUUUUCUCAUGGGAAAUUGCUAAGAGAUACAAAUUUUAUUAGAAGAUCUGAUUUUAAUCAGAUUGAAGUAAAUUCAUAACUGUUAGACUUACCGUAAUUAAUUCCACUCAGCAGAUUUUUUUUUUAAUUUUUACAAGAUUAACUAAUUUUUUCAUAUAUUACUUUCUGGGAAUGUUUCUUUUUGCAUUUUCUUUUUGGAAAAGUUUAGCUUUUAUAAUGUAAACAGUACAUCAUGAGUUUGAAAAUUUAUUUAAUAUUUUAAGAUUUUCUUCCUUUUUUUCAUUUUUGGAUAUACCUGACAAUUUUUUUUAUUGACAAUGUAUUAAUUUUGAUUUUCACACUGCCUUUCUGAGGAUGAAAGAAGUUCCAUCUUUUUGUUUCCAAUAAUGUAUUUUACUUUAUCUUUAAAUGUGUUCUUUAGUAUUGUUUCAUUUCUUUAAACUGAUUCCUUCGUAAUUAUCAACAAUUUUUGUCGGAAAUUGAGAAUUUUUUUUCUACUUUAUGCCUUCAUUUUUUUUGACAUUGAAAUGAAAGUAUGUGACUCUAAACUCAUUUACAGUGUAUGAUUACUGUAAUAAUCACAAAAUUCUGCUGGUAAUUUGUCAGAUACAAUGUAAUUUAUAUAGGCUAAUGUAAGGUACAGUUUUAUGACUCUUUUUGACUCUUUUUGACUCUUUCUGAGUAACUAGCUGUGAUGAGUAAUCUUCAUACUGUAAAAUCACAUAUUUUUUGAGGUCAGAUUUCCGUGGUUUAAAUAAAAACCCUUGGUUCGUUCAGAUUUGAAUUCGUGGAUGAAGAAUUGUUGAGUAGUUAUGUAUGUAAAAUUUUACAUUUCGUGGUGGACAUGAAUUCGUGGGUCUCUUCAUACCAUGAAAACAACGAAAAUUAAACCCCCAUGAAAAUUUGUGAUUUCACAGUAUUGUAUUGGAAAUGAGUUUAGCAGCUUGCAAGCUUUCACCAUGUAAUCUAGUCAUCCCUGGUGACAAUAGGGAGUUUCGAAAGAAGACGAACAUUUUUUCGAGAAGCCUUCUGAUUUGUCUUCUUUUUUAAACAAAAAUUGCUGUUUUCUGGAAGGCUUAUGUGAUAUUCUUAAUAAAGCAUAAUUCAGUGCUUGCUAUGAAGUUUUUUGAAUGAGAAAAAUGAAAACCAGAUUGUUCACAACCAGCAAAAUCUUUUAUGAAUGAAACUUGUUUAAUAGUAAACAGAACUGAUUUUUUGAUAAUUAAUGUGAGUAGACCUUAUUUUAGUGUUUUAAACAAUAUGAAAGUAUAUUUUAAUUGUAGAGUUUAACAGUUGAUUUGUAAAAAAAAUAUUCUUGUAAUACUUAUUACCAAGACAAGUAGUAUGCAUCUUGUCAAAGUAUAUAUUAUUCUCAAGUGUAUGUAUAAAGCUACCUCAUAUCAAUAUUACAAAAAUUUAUCAACCAAAGAUAGCAUUCAAUGUAAAAUUUAUAUCCAGGGUAUGUGGUCAUUAUAAAGGACUAAAUGAGUAAUAGAUAUGAAAAUAUAAAUACAUACUUGACCAAAGAAGAUGCAGUAAAAAUAAAUUCUCAGAUAAAAAAGGCUUGUUCUGAAACACUUGCAUUUUUUCUUCCAGCAUCUGAAACCAUCUCUCCUUUUUUGAUGUGUUUUUUUCAUACAAAAUUAAAGCACCACUUUGGUCAAAACCUACUUUUUAUGUAUAUAAGGUGUUAAAGCAUAUUUAAGUACAAGCAUUGAAUAAAAAUUACAAAGUUG